AUGACAUCCUCCCGUCAAAUUCAAGAGGAUGAGCUUGAAGCAGUGGCUAAUUGUUUGGGAGAGAAUUUGCUAACAGUUGAUCGGACCGGCGAACUGCUUAGAGGACGAAUCACAGUAGAAUUGGAACCAAACGAGACUCCUAUUACACUGUUCGUCACGACUUCUGAAGGUAAAAAACAUUUCGAGACGAACUACCUGUCACCGGUUCAGCUGAUAUAUCAGCUACCAGUCGAUUAUCCAAUGAAAUCGGCGCAAUUCGACAUUGAGUGUUCCUGGUUAUCCAGUCAGUGGGUAAGAAACUUUGACUAA